AUGGUCAAGCCUCUGACAUUUAAAGGCGACAAGAAACCAAAGAAACGCAAGCGCGCUGUUAAUGACGACGACACGGGACGAGAAGUCAAGGCAGCAAAGCCCUCGGCCGACACCGUCGAUGUCGAACCGGAAGCCGACGACAGCUGGGUCUCAGCCGACGUGCCCUCCGACAUUUCUGGGCCGGUGAUGCUCGUGCUGCCGACUGAGCCUCCAUCGGCACUAGCAUGCGACGCCAACGGCAAGGUCUUCACAAUUGUCAUUGAGAAUAUCAUCGACGGUAACCCGUCUAGCGCAGAGCCGCAUGACGUGCGCCAGGUGUGGGUAGCCAACAAGAUCCCCGGGACGGAGCAUUUCCGAUACCUCUCCUGCGACAAGAUCGGCGUACUGAGCGCCACGGCCGAUGCCGUCUCCCCCCUGGAAACAUGGGAUAUCAUUUCGACACCCAGCACACCAGGCACAUUUCAGCUCCAGACACAGCGCGACACUUUUGUCACUGUGCGGGAGACGCCUAACUCCAAGAAACAGCAAUAUGAGGUCCGUGGCGACGAGACUGACGUGACCUUCCACACAACGUUACGCAUCCGCAUGCAGGCUCGCUUCAAGCCGCGCGUCCAAAAAUCCAAGGAAGAGAAGGCGCUCAAAGAGCGGGUCAUCAGCCGCCGCGAGUUGGAAGAGGCUGCUGGCAGAAAGCUGACCGACGAGGAAGUCAAGAUGUUGAGACGCGCAAGGAAGGAGGGUGAUUAUCAUGAGAAGUUGCUGGAUAUCAAGGUCAAGAGCAAGCAUGACAAGUUUGGCUGA